AUGGUGGUAAAGGAGGAGGAGCCGAUCACAGUAAUGGCAGCCGCAGCAGAGGACUUGGCGGUGGUGGUCGUUGUGGUUGAGGUUAUGAUCGUUGCGGAGCGAGCUGACGUCAAGAGCCACGUCCAAUUGAGCUAUCUCAUCAAUGGAACUUCUUCAUCUCGCGUACGGGCUCGCGGUUCGCCUUGGAACACGACCUUGACACCCCCCAACGUCUCAUUUAUCUACGUGGACUACAAUUACCUGCCCCUCCUUCCAUAUGAGCUUAUCCACACCCGCCUAACUGGGACAUCGACCGUUCCUCCAGGAACGUCCGAGGAUUCCUACGGUCAAGCCAAACCUUCCUAUCAGAAGACUCCGAUUACUCGACCUGGUCGGAUCAUAACCAACUACAAGGUGUUGAACCUGAGAAACCCCUCGGUCGUCCGAGGUCAUGUCCAGAAUCUGUAUCAACUUCGACCUCUCCUUCAACGUCCGGCUCUGUGGGUUAGGAAGACUGUCAAACGACCCCUGUACCUAGCGGUACGUCGAGCUCUGCUCCGACUGCAAGGACCGAAGCUUCUACGAGGACCGAACCUCCACCUCGACCUCCUGUCGAAACACUGA